UGUAAACACAAACACGUGUACCAGAGUGAUUUCAUCCGAAACUGUCAACAUUUUAUUAAAAAUGACUUCUUUGCUUGGUAUACCAGACGAAUGUAUUGGAGAUGGGCAGAGACUUUCGUGGGACACGAACAAAAUUGGGGGACACCCAGACUGGAUGUAUGAAGAUUGUUGUCUGCCUGUCUGUGAAGGUUGCGGAUGUCGAAUGAAGCUGGUUGUUCAACUUUACUGUCCACUAGAAGGGUCAGCAUAUCACAGAACCUUAUAUAUUUCAUCUUGUUAUAACAAACAUUGUUACAAUAAACCAUACAGUUGGAAAGUUCAGCGUUGUCAAAUAUUAGAUCAAUCACAGACAACACAACAAGCGACAAAUAAUAUGUCGACCAGUACAGACACCUGGGGAGUGGAUGAAGAUGAUUGGGGAGACCCUAUAACAACAGACCCUGUAACCCUGGAUACUAAAGACUGGUGUGAUGAUGCUGAUGAUUGGGGGGAAGAUGGCGAUGAUGAUGCAGUUGCUAUGGUAACUGGAAACAUUAAUAAAUCGAAUUCACAACCAGAAGCGAAAAAGUUUCCUGGAUUAAAAUUUGAACAAAUGAAUUUAGUUGAUGUAGAUGACAUUUCUGAUACAAACAGUAGCCAUAGUAACGAUGAUCAGACAUUGAACAUUGUUCAAGAAGAGACCGAUGAUGUCAUUUCCAAAGAGUCUGUUGGACAUGUUGUUGAUCUGUUAGCAGUGAAAUCGUCAGGUAAACCGGAACCAGAUAUUUCGUGUGAAGAAGUGACGGAAACACCAUUUAAGUCAUACUAUUUAAGUGUGAUGAAUGAAAGUGACAUCGUGCCUGAUAAUGUUGAAGUUGGUAAAUUAUUAAAGGAAUAUGAACGAGAAACGGGAACAGAUAUAAAAUCUCUUGUCAAAAGUUCAUCAAAAUGCCCUGGGCAGAAUACUGGUGGAGGAGGAGCAGUGGAAGAAUAUGAGAAAACAGCCAUAAAGGGAGAUAAAUACUCACACAAAUUUUUAAAACGUUUAAAACUUUGCCCUCGUCAGUGCAUUAGAUACUGUUGGAAUGAUGAACCCAUGUUUAUUUCUCCACCGAGAGAUAUUGGUGUAAGGGAGAUAACUUGUACAAACUGUCAAGCUAAAUGUGUCUUUGAACUACAGUUGAUGCCACCACUUGUGAAUUAUGUUAAAAAUAUACAUGGUGAAAGUGUUGAGUUUGGUACUGUGAUAGUGUAUACCUGUAUUAACACCUGUUGGCUUACCAACCAGAAUCUACCUGUAUUAGAAACAUGUUAUAUACAACCAGAUCCUGAUCAACAUCUAUUUAAACUUUAAAGAUAUUGCCCUUUAUUUUGGUCACAACAAUAUACAUGGCACAGAAACUGACUCAAACUGUUGACCUAAAAAACAUAUGAUUGUCGAUUUGAUUAGUUCUUGAGGAUGACCUUUCUGCCUUGGAAGGAAGACUUACAUGUAUCUGCCAUUGUGAGAUGACAAGUUGGGCAGCCUUGGGGUGCUUUUGUAUGGUCACGACUGUACGACAAAAUAUAGUUCCUCACGCCAGAACAGAAGCUAGUGCGACCAAAGUCGUCAAAAUGAACACUGCUCUCUUCAAUGAACUGGUACAAAACCUUUUACUUGACAAAACUGCAAGUUUGCUUUCCAAAAACUUUGAUAUGACACCAAAAAAACAUUCUUUGGAGACAAAUUCCCCAGAACGUUUGCCAAAAGUUUCUGACUAUGCUGAAAAAACUGUACUAAAGGUAGAAUAUGAUAACGACGAUUUCAAGAAAUCUACCCACAGUUGAGUUAGUGACCGUGUUAUCCCCAGACAAUAAAAUAAACAAACCAACCAAAUAUCUAUAUAAUAUGGAAACUACUUAAAUAUGUUAUCUGAAUUUAAAUAACUCUGAGGUUCUGAGGCAAAAUUGGUUGUAUACGUUCUAUCUUCAAAUAACAAUUCCAACAAAAAAUAUGUUUUGUCGUGGGCCUCCAUUUUUAAUCUGACUUGACCAGCCUUCACCGACCUCCAAAGGUGGGUUAACCACAGUCGCGGCCAUAGUCUAACCAUUUCAAGAUCGGAUGCGCAUGGUCGAGACCUAGUUGAACCAUGGUUGAAAACUUACACGAGCCGAGGGCUGCCCUGGCUUUGUGGGAUGAAAAUCGAGCGUUGUGGGUUUACAGUCUAUCUUCCAUGUCUACCCAGAAACUGAUUUUAAAUUAUGGGCCUAUAAAAAUAUGAUUGUAUAUGUGAUGUGUUGAUUUGUUUUGUUUCUUGACAAAUUUGUCUUCGUUGGAUCGCAAUAUAUCUUUUUCUGGGAUGACAA